AUGAAAGAUUAUAAUUGAUUCGAUAUAUGUUAUUCAAAAUGUUGAGAUGUUUUACUUUGAUUUUAGGCGGAUAUUUUUAUAUAGAAGCUUGAGAUUAUAACUUUCCCUCUCAUUAUGUAGAAGAAAGUCCUUCAUCAUUUAUACAUCAUUUUUAUAUACAGGAUAUUCCGGUCAUAACGGUUUCUCCCUGGUUAAUGUGAAAGCGAUCAAAAGACGCCCAGUUGUUCUGAAGUAUCUCUGGAGUAUAAUUUGAAUAAUUGAUGGAUCUAGAUAUAUAAAAUUCACGAGUGACGAAGACGGGCCCCAAUAUAUUCGGGGCGCGAAAUGCAUUUAGCAUUAGCGGCUGCUGCUGUUGGGACUCAUCAUAUCAGGACUCAUCAUGGGGCCCCGGUAUCUCGGCGCGCGUGGCCCGCCUCUUUACAUAUGUAUAUAUGUAUGUGCACGCGGACCCCGUGUGCCGAUAGUGUUGCAGAGCAAGUGGGGAAACACGACCUCGCAGCCGGGGCCCACUACUGGGAUACGAUGAGGAAGAUGAAGAGAGAAGGAUGUAGCAGUGUGGAAGGAGCAAACAGCCGAGAAGGCAGCAGUGCCGGCCCCGCUUUGGGCCCAACGGGGGGACCUGGGGUCACAUUCCAAGAUGGCUGUGCCUGAGGAAUGCAGUGGGUGCCCCCUAAGACGCCUGCCUCCCUCCUUUUUUAUUAAUCGGUCCCAUUUGCUCGUUCUAGCGAAAAGAAACCUCCUUUAUUACCGUUCAUGGUAGAGUGAAAUAAUGUAACGUGCUAAGGGUUUGUUUGCAAAAUAUACAAACGACGAGUCGACGUCAAGGAAAGGCGCCAAGAUAAGUCCCAACGUGAGGAAGAGAGAGAGAGAGAGAGAGAGAAAAAAGUGUCGCACAUUCAAAAUCUGGGGUCUGUUUUUCAAGCCAACUCGCCGUCUCGCAGAUGAUGCCCAUGCUAGAGGAUGCUACUAGCUCGUCUUAAGCAAUGUCUCAUAGGGAUAUCUCUGAGGUGGAUCCCGAAGGUACGUCGGCCUUGGCCGCUGGAUCCAGGGCACUAUUCUUAGAAACAGUACGCAGGAGUAAUGCAGCAUGCCAGAAUGGAGAUUAUGCUCUUGCUGCAACAUUGUAUACGGAAGCCCUCGCCUUGGAUCCUCUCAGUCAUGUAUUAUAUUCAAACAGAUCAGCUGCAAGACUUAAAAUGGGAUUAUUUGCUGCCGCGUUGCAGGAUGCUGUCAGAGCUACUGAACUAAGUCCACAAUGGCCAAAGGCGUACUAUCGACAAGGAGUAGCCCUGCAAUGCCUAGGACGUCACGGAGAGGCUCUCGUUGCCUUCAGCACAGGAUUAGCUCAUGACGCGUCCAAUCAUCAAUUAUUAUCCGGCUUAGUUGAAGCAUCUUUAAAAUCUCCACUGCGACCGACUUUGGAGCCGACAUUUCAACAGUUGCGUGCAAUGAAGCUUGAUGAAUCCCCAUUCGUCGUCAUAUCCGUGGUCGGUCAAGAGUUGCUUGGAGCUGGACAAUACAGGGCAGCCGCUGGCGUGCUCGAGGCUGCUCUGACAAUUGGUUCGUGUAGCUUGAAACUGAGAGGAUCUGUAUUUUCCGCUCUCUCUAGCGCCUACUGGGCGUUGAACUCUUUAGACAAGGCCAUAAAUUACAUGCAACAAGAUUUGGGCGUGGCACGCUCUCUAGGAGAUACGCAGGGCGAGUGCAGAGCCCAUGGAAAUCUGGGCUCGGCUUAUUUCAGCAAGGGUAGCUUCAAGGAGGCUUUAACCGCUCAUAGAUAUCAACUUGUUCUGGCUAUGAAGUGUAAGGAUACGCAGGCUGCAGCUUCGGCCUUGACCAGUUUGGGACACGUAUACACGGCGAUCGGCGAUUUACCGAAUGCUCUAGCCUCUCACAAGCAGUGCGUACAAUUGGUGAAACAGAUGGGCGAUCGACUACAGGAGGCUCGCGAGAUUGGCAAUGUCGGAGCGGUCUACUUGGCGAUGGGUGAAUUCGAAAGCGCUGUCGAUUGUCACACUCAGCAUCUGAGGAUAGCCAGACGACUGGGUGAUCGUGUGGAGGAGGCGAGGGCUUUCAGUAAUUUAGGAUCGUCUCAUCAUUAUCGUAGAAAUUUCGGACAAGCGAUGACUUAUCACGAAAAUGUUCUGAGAAUAGCGCAGGAACUCGGCGACAGAGCUAUAGAGACCAGAGCGUACGCAGGAUUGGGUCAUGCUGCCAGAUGUGCAGGCGAUCUGGGGCAAGCUAAGCUUUGGCAUCAGAGACAGCUCGACGUCGCGUUGGUCACGAAAGAUAAAGUGGCUGAAGGACGAGCCUGCAGCAACCUGGGCAUAGUAUACCAAUUGCUUGGCGAGCAUGAUGCCGCUUUAAAAUUGCAUCAGGCACACUUAGGAAUCGCGAGAUCAUUAGGAGAUAAAGCCGGUAUGGGAAGAGCCUAUGGUAACAUCGGUAAUGCUUAUAACGCUUUAGGAUAUUACGAACAAGCCAUCAAGUAUCAUAAGCAAGAGUUGACGAUUAGCAAAGAGGUUAACGACCGUAGCUCGGAAGCUAGCACACAUGGAAACUUGGCGGUCGCGUAUCAAGCUGUGCAAGGUCACGAGGCGGCAUUGAGACAUUACCGAGCUCACUUGGCCAUAGCGCGCGAAUUGAAGGACACGGCUGGCGAAGCGUGCGCACUAUUAAAUCUUGCUAAUUGCCUUUCCUCGCGCGGCAAAUUCGAGGAGGCAGUGCCGUAUUACGAGCAUUAUCUGAUGCUGUCACAAGAAUUGCACGACGUGGAGGGAGAAGCUAAAGCGUGCCACUUUCUAGGAUACGCUCACUAUUGUCUGGGAAAUCAUCGAGAAGCAGUGAGAUAUUACGAUCAGGAUUUAGCGCUAGCGAAGGACUUGCAGGAUAAAUCUGGAAUGGGAAGAGCUUACUGUAAUCUAGGUUUGGCUCAUUUGGCUCUGGAAAACUUGGAUACUGCUCUGGAAUGCCAGAAAUAUUAUUUGGCUAUCGCGCAUAUGACCAAGCAUCUGGCCGGCAAAUUUCGCGCUCUGGGAAAUAUGGGCGACUGUUUAUUGCGUAUGGGAGAAGUCGAGGAAGCUAUCAAGAUGCAUCAACGUCAAUUGAACCUGGCACGUCAAGCCGCCGAUCGCGGCCUGGAAGCAGCUGCCUAUGGCGCACUGGGAAUCGCUCAUAGAGCUACAAAGAACUUGGAUAAGGCGCUCGGAUUUCACACGCAAGAAUUAACUCUGAGACAAGAGUCUAGCGACUUACGCGGCGAAUGCAGGGCACACGGCAAUCUGGGUGCAGUGCACAUGGCACUAGGACAGUACACUCACGCGGUUAAAUGUUAUCAAGAGCAGCUGGAGAGAGCAAAGGAACUGGCGGAUUCCGCAGUUGAAGCUCAAGCAUUAGGAAAUUUGGGUAUAGCUAGACUUAAUAUGGCACAUUACGAGGAUGCCAUUGGUUAUUUCGAGCAACAAUUGGCAACUUUGGAGCCGCUAAUAACUGGCACGGCUUUGCUCGAUAAAACUCGAGCACUCGGAAACUUGGGAGAUUGUUACGAGGCCUUGGGUGAUCUGGAAGAAGCUAUCAAAUGCCACGAGCAACAACUGGCAGCCGCAACAAAAUUGAAAAGUAUAAGAGAUCAGGAGAGAGCGUAUAGAGGAUUGGGAAGAGCUCGCGAGGCUACUGGAAACUUACAGGAAGCUUUGGUGUGCUUUGAAAAGAGAUUAGUGGCCGCUCACGAAGUAGAUAGUCCUGAAGCGAGAGGUGCUGCUUAUGGAGAUCUAGGUAGAGUACACGCCGCAUUGGGUAAUCAUGAGCAAGCCGUCAGUUGUUUAUCUCAUCAAUUGGCUCUCGCUCGCGGAUUAGGCGACAAAGCGGCCGAAGCCGAAGCUGCCAGCGGCUUAGGAGCGGUACAUCUUUUGAUGGACGAUCCGAAUUCCGCGUUACGUCAUCAUCAAUUGGAGCUGUCGAUUGCCGAGGGUCUGGAUGCCGCCGGAUUGCAAGCUCGCGCUUGCGCCAAUUUGGGACUGACUCAGGAGACUUUAGGGCAGUACGAAGAAGCUAUAAGAUUACAGGAACAAUCAUUGAGUUUGGCGGCCGCGGCGGGGGAUCAACCAGCUCGAGCGGCGGCUUUUACGAGUUUGGGGCGACUUCAUCAUCUAUGUGGGGAUCUGCCUCGCGCUCUGAGCUAUCUGCAAUCCGGUUUGUCCCUGUCCGAGGGCCUAGGCAGAAGAGAAGAGGUCGCAAGAUUGCGACACAGACUUGGUCUCGUGCAUUGGGAAGCCGGAGAAGCCAGCAUUUCCGUGGAACACUUAGAGAAAGCCGCGAAUUUGUUAGAAUCAUUAGACGGAACUUCGGUAUCUCUUACUUGUGGGCAACUCAAUCGAAUCGAAUUAUUGUCAGAGACGUAUAGAAUGUUACAAAAAGUACUCAUCAGUCUAAAUCGAGCGGAAGAGGCUCUGAAUUGGGCGGAAAGAUCCAGACGUUCUAAGAGUAAUUCUCUGGACGACACGGCUCAUUAUUCGGAAAUUAUUGAUCGACAGCGCGGAGUUAUUUUAUACUACAGUGAGAUGGGAUGCGAACUACACGCAUGGUGCCUGGCACCAGGGCGCGGAUUGUUACGAUUCCAUUCCGCAACUUUGGAUGACGGAGGUCUAGAGAAAAAAGUUCUUCAAGCUCGCGAAGCGCUCCUGGACGAGAGCAAUGAACUCAUCGAAGAAUCUACCAAGAUCCCAUCGAGGGGUCAUCACUUGAAUGCCAGUUCUUAUAGUUUGAGCAGCCUCUUCAGCGUCGGCUCCGUGAGCUCUCGCGCUGGAAGCGCCCGUUGGGGACGAGGCGCGAAAGGACCUACGUGGCAGGCACCAUUGCCGAUACAAAUGCUUUACGAUCUUCUUCUUGCUCCGUUCGAGGAUCUAUUACCACCACCGCGAAAGGAGCUAAUCAUGGUGGUGGAAAAAUCGCUGUACUUGACGCCAUUCCCGGCCUUGCAAUCCAAUCCGGGCGAAGAUUAUCUGUGCGAGAGAUUUUCCUUGCUGGUAGUACCAUCCCUUGCAGCUCUCAGAAAAAGAUCUAAGACACCUGUAUUGGAAGGUGGUGCUACUGUGGCCGCGCUGGUUGUCGGAAAUCCCGUUCUACCGGAAGACGUUCGAGAAGAGUAUGGUUGGCCAGAAAGUGUCGCUUCCACUGAAACCGAAUCGGAGAUAGUCGCCGAAUUGUUGGAAGCCCGUGCGAUGACUGGACUCGAAGCUACCAAAUCGGCGGUUCUACGAUCUCUAUCAGAUGCGGAGUGCGUUCAUUUGACGGUGCCGGUCUUCUGGAACACCGGCAGCUUGGCGUUUUCGCCCGAUCAGUGCGAGGAGCCGUCCGAGAGACCAGAAUAUCUCAUAAGCCAGAUGGAUUUGCUCAGAUUGAAAAUGUCCGCUCGUCUAGUGGUCGUAUCCAGGGGUCAUGGUUGGAAUAACAUAGAGUGCACAAACGCUACGUCGGACGGUAUACAGAAUCUCGCCAAGACAUUGUUAAACGCGGGUGCGCAAUGCGUGCUGAUAGGAAUGUGGGCGGUACCACCAACUGCGGGUAGUAUCCUGCUGCGAGCGUUCUAUAGCGCGAUGCUGCAAGGUGCGAGAGCGUCGCGUGCACUAGCCGAGGCGAUGCAGACCGUCCAGCAUACUAGACACUUCGCUCAUCCCGCUAACUGGGCCGGUUGGCUACUCAUCGGCGGAGACGCGAGAUUAUCCAAUAAGGUUGCACUCAUGGGCCAGGCACUGGCAGAAUUAUUGCGCGGUGGUCCUGAGCAUAGCAGAGACGCGCUGCGAGUGACGCUUCAUCUGGUAGAAAAAUCGCUGCAGAGAAUUCAUCGUGGGCAAAAGAACGCAAUGUACACGACUCAGCGCAGUAUCGAGAAUAAAGUGGGCUCAGCUACUGGUUGGCGAGAACUUCUAAUGUCUGUGGGAUUUAGAUUCGAGCCGGCCGGCAACGGAAUACCAUCCUCUGUGUUCUUCCCGCAAAGUGAUCCCGAAGAACGACUGACGAGAUGCAGCGCCAGCUUGCAAGCUCUACUGGGUUUAGGUCAAUCGUCGUUGCAUGCUUUAGCUAGACUCUUACAGGCACCAGAAGCUGCAGAAGAUGUCAUCGCUGCCAUGAGAAGAGCCAGUAAUGCUACGGAAGGACAAGAAGUUAUUUUGCCUGUAUACGUUUGGAGAGCAUCGGGAUCGCAUGAACUAUUCGCUAGCUUAGGCUUCGACUUAAUGGAAGUCGGGCAAUCAGAAGUGACAUUAAGGACAGGCAAACAAGCCUCGCGUAGAGCUGUCCAGUUUGCUCUUCAAGCUCUUCUUGCAUUGUUUGAUACACAAGAAGCGCCAAAAAGUCUUAGCUUAGAUUCGAGCAGUUCAAUGGAAAGUUUAACUUCCGUGGCCCAUACCGAGAAAAAUAUCGAACGACCUCGACUAGGGGGAGCGUUUACAAGUUACGUACGACAUCGUGGUGAACCAGACGGAAAAACCAUGGAACCGCCAAAUGUUCUGAUACCAACGUCGCGACAACUGUGUCCAAAUGGUGGAGGUGAAUCAGAUGUAGCAUUCACACCUAGUCCUCCUGUGGCGCUCAACUUAAAUCAUCAGACGCGAAUUCGGAAUCUCUAUCCCGAUCAAAACCCAGUAAGACCCGGCUCGAGCUCGAGCAGUUCGGUGACAGAUUGGGAUAACGGCCACGCAACUGUAUUGAGACGUCAGCCCUUACCGCCGUUGCCGGCCACCAUGCUGGAAAGAUUGAGCGUGAGAACGGAAGUCGGGACGAAUUCGUCGCGAAAACCACGGCAUUCCGCAACGAAUGGCGAGGAUAUCUGCAAUCCGCAGACUGACGCUACGCAAUCUACGGAAUCACAUCCGCAAAACUUGCGAAACUUGGCCACCUCCCUGACGACGCUGACACGCGAGCUGACGCCCACCAUUUCUGAGGUGUAUCACGAGCGAAAUCUGGGAUUAGGUCUGGCGCCAUCCUUGUCGAAGUUGCUGGAGGAGGUGGGCACCGUGUCUACCGAGAACGAGGAGUCGCAAUCGGCGAAAGCGAUGGCUCACAAUCAGACGCAAAACUGGAUACAGAGUGAGCCGGAACUCUGCCGCAGGGACGAGGCCGAUGGCAGAUCUAUCGCCGAGUCGCAAUGCAGCGCAGCCAGUUCGAAUAAAAUACCUCGGAAGGCUCCCGCGCCGCCGGUAUAGAUUAUUUAUAUUUAUAAAUUAAAACGUAAUUAUGCGGAGAGAAUAUAGUACUGGGUACCAAAGAAUGGGGGACGCACACAUCGGAGAACCGAUUACUGCCGCUGGCAGUAAACGAUCAACGAAGAGCGUAUUUAAUUUGUAUCUGCCAAUAUUUCUUUAUAUUCAAACUAAAACAUUCGUAGAAAAACACUAAUUAUUUCGUAAAUGUUUUAACAUACAUUACAUGCAUUUUUACGUGUUUGUUUUUGCGUACGCAUUGAACCUCGCGAAAAACACGAGCUUUAUUACGUACGAGGAUAUAAUCUCGCUAAUAAUAUAUGCUCAAGUUUAAUUUUAAUUGUAAUCCGUCCAAACGAUAUAAUUAUUAAUGUUUUUAAUUAUUAUCUAGAGCAAAAAGAUCGUAUAUGGAGUUUGUAUGUUGAUCAUCUAAAAAAUCCGUUUCCAUAUAUUUUCAACAUGUAUGACUGACAUGGUUGACCUAUGAUGGCUUUAGCUGCAUCAACAUCCAAGCUCUAAUUUGACUAUCGUGUUUCUUACAAUAUUAUGCAUUGUAAUUGUAUGCAGAGAACGCGACAGUUUAUUUAAAUAGAUUUACUCUAUAUAAUUAAAUCAACAACUUAUCUAUAUUUGUAUUUUAAAAUAUACAUGCAUAAGUGUGUACUAUAUUAAUCUUAAGAGAUAUUUGAGAUAGAAUGAAAUAUUUGGAAAGAUUGUCAAGAGAAAAAUUUAUUUUAGCGA